AUGGACUGGCAGACGAUAGCCACGUCGUCUUCAAUGAGACGACAUCGUACGAAACGGGUCCCUCAACCUCAGGAAUCAACCCCCAACUACAAUACAUGUUCGGCGGAUACUGUGGCGGGAAGUUACCGUACGACAACCACGGUCAAGAGCUACCAUUCGAUAAUGAAUUCGAGCUACCAGCCUGUAGUAAACCCAAGCUGCCACCCUGUAGUAACCGCGAAAUACCACUCAGAAGUCAAUCCCAAAGCCAACAAUAUUGUAAGGAAAAUUACAGUACGACACUACAGUAUACCCUGCUCACUGAAAUGGAUCAUGUUCAUGUUGUUCUUCCUUUUGAUGGUCGGCGACGUGGACGCACGGUAAGGCCUUAUUUUUUAGUGGAAAGAAAGUUUCUGUAUGUGAUUUCCAGCUUCAUUCAAUAAAAACUUUUGUAAAGGAAAUUUCUUCAUAAAAUCAUAUUUAAAAAAUUUCAGAAAAGCCUUUUACCGUCGCAACUCCCGCCACCUACGACGCCUCUCACGCUUAUACGACUGGGAAGUGGAUGAUCACGGCACGUUCCGGCCGGUCAUCGACGAGAAACGGGUGGAACGUUCAGUCCAAAGUCGUUCCGAUCAUUGUGCCAAUGAUUCGUUUAUUUUGGAGACAAUCCUACACAAAUACAACCCUCACAAGAUCCCCGGAGGCAAAGUGGCAGUCACGGUAGAGGUUUGGGUUCAGGAGAUUACUACCAUCAGCGACAUUACUUCGGACUUUCAGGUGGGUUUAAAGUAGGGUAACGUUUGACAAGGAUUCAGAUAAAAGUAAGGGAGGUAACUUUGAGGUAAAGCCAAGGUAAAGUAAGUUAGAGCAAAGUAAAGCAGAUUUUGUAAUGUCAAGUCUAAGAUAAAGUAAAGUAGAGUAAUAUAAACGAGGAAAAACUAUUACAUGUCACAAUAGAGUAACCUACUACCUACUACCUUAAACUACAAUCUCCAAAUUUCAGCUAGACAUCUAUAUCAGUGAAAUGUGGAACGACCCCUCAUUAGACUACUCCUGGAUGGAGCCUUGUAAACAUAAUCUGUCGUUAAACAGUGUUCUACUGGAGAAGUUAUGGACUCCAAACUCAUGUUUCAUCAAUUCGAAAACUGCCGACAUUCAUCGAAGUCCCUUCCCCAACAUAUUCUUACUCAUCUAUGCUAACGGUUCUGGUAAGUUUGUUUGUUUUUUUUCGUAUUUUACAAUUAUUUCAAGCAUUUUACAACCACUUCAAGGUUUUCAAAAUUAUUUCAAAAAAUUCUGUGCCCCAUCCAAAUUUUAGGAGUUAUGGGGCACAGAAUUAUUUGAACAACCUAACACUUAAAAAAUAGAUAAAAUGCCAUAAAAAUUUUUAAUUUUUCAAAAAAAAAGAUUUUAAUCGCUCCAUAUGACAUUUAAUCAAGUCAUACGACAAUGACAUCAGUUGUCGCAUCAAUUGAAUUCACCUCCCUUCAAACCCGAAUUCAAAACCGCUUCCGGGUAAAAGUUCAGCGCCAGAUUUAAUAAACUUUCCGCAUCACAAAAACAUUUCACAUCAUAUUUUUGACGACAACCGAAUGUCACAAUCAAAUUUCCGCCUGAAAAUGAGGAAACGAACGAGGCCAACGCUUUUCGCGGCCAUAUGCGCUGGGGUUUAUCAGUGAAAAAAAAUUGGGAACGUAUAAAAAAAACCAUUUUGAAAUAUGACAUUUUAUAAUUAUGUCUUCAAAAAUAUGAUAUUUUACUGUGCAUUGGCCAGAAAGUGAAUAGAAAAGCCUUUAACUAUAUCUUCCCAAAAAAUGUUGAAAAAUCGGCGUUUUCCUCAAUUUUUUAAGCAGUAUAUAGACUUUAAAGCUUUGCCAUGCCUAAACUAUAUUUCCAAACCAUGCCAACAUUAACCUACAUAUAGCCUAUACAAUGAGUAACAUUUUUUCUCUUGACAACUUUUUGGUAGCAUUAUUGUAAUGUAUGAAAUCUUCUAUGUCUUAAACUUGUGAAAACGCAAAAAAUUUUUUUUUAAAUGGUUACUGUUAAAAAUGACAAAGAAUUUAAAAUGUAAAAUACGGCUCCAUGAACAAAAAGUAAAAAAUUGAUAAAUUAUAUCUUUCAGUAUGGACAAACUAUCGCCUGAAGCUUCAAGGCCCGUGCAGUAUGGAUCUAACACGAUUUCCGUUCGACAAUGUCACGUGCACUUUAACGUUUGAGAGUUUCAAGUGAGUGUAAAAGUACUUUUACUACAUAUAAAAAAGAAAAACAACAUUUUUAAUUUGUAAAAUUUCUCAGACUUUUUGCACUGUUAGAUAACAAAAGAAAAAAUGGCAAGAACUUCCUUUACAAAACAUAUAAUGGCAAAAAACUUUCUUUACAAAAAAUAAAAUGGCAAAACCUUUCUUUGCAACGUAUCAAAUGGCAAGAACUUUCUUUACACAACAUCAAAUGGCAAUAACUUUCUUUCCAAAACAUCAAAUAGCAAAAAAUUUCUUUACAAAACAAAAAAUGGCAAGAAUUUUCUUUACAAAACAUCAAAUUGCAAGAACUUUCUUUAAAAAACGUAAAAUGGCAAGAACUUUCUUUACAAAUUUUAAAAAAAAUAAUUUUUUUCGGCCCCGUCUAGCUUUUUUUCUUUGCGGAAGCCUAGUAGGCCCCUUUCUAAAGGUUUUAAAAAUGAUAAAGUAAUGGCUUAACAAAAUCAUACCCAACGUUCUUUCACACCAAAGUCUCAAUUUACAAACCAAAGUACCAAUGAUAUCCUCCACUUUCAGCUACAACAUAGCCGAAGUGGAGAUGACAUGGUCAUCAUUGGGUGUUGCACGGAUGCGAGAAAAGAUGGAACUGGCUGAUUAUGAAUUGGAUCGUAUCGACAACGUUCGCCACGAAGUACCGUAUCCCGCGGGACAAUGGCACGAGUUAACGAUGAUGUUUCACUUUAAACGCCGAGCCGGAUGGUAUAUUCUACAAGCUUAUCUCCCCACCUACCUCACUAUUUUUAUCUGUAAGUUUUUGACGAUAGUUUUAAGCAGUAAGUUAUGUUAAUGUAGUGAAUUGGGACGAAAAAAUGACAUUUUAUAUGAUGAAAAGUGUAUUUUUUCAAAUAAUUCUGUGCCCCUCCUCAAACCAAAAUUUCUGGGUUAGGGGGCACGAAAUUGUAUAAACGACCUAACAUAACUUUGAUGACUUCACUUUUUCAGCAUGGAUCUCAUUUGUACUGGGUACUAAUGCCAUUCCGGCUCGAACUAUGUUAGGUGUUAACUCUUUGCUAGGUAAGCCUUUACUAGUUAGAAUUCAAGGUAUAAAUAGCAACAACGUGUUUUACAUUAUUUUUGAAAAUUUUCAAACCUCGAUUGUAAAACCUUGCAGCUAUGACUUUCCAAUUUGGUAAUAUCAUUCGAAAUCUGCCUCGUGUCAGUUACGUUAAAGCCAUUGACAUCUGGCUGUUAUCAUGCAUGACAUUUGUAUUCUGCUCGCUAUUAGAACUAGCCUGGGUUGGAUACUUGAGUCGACAAGAUUCGGAAUCGACAGCAAAUACCGUGAAACCGACGAAUCAGUCAUUGGAUGCUGUGCCAUCGCAACAUACGAUCACUAUCAAACCUAUCAAGUCGCCCUCACCUCUACCGCCGCAUCAUAUCGAACCUCCACAAUACACAGCGAACGACACCAAUCAGGGAUUCUUGCAACGGUAUUUUUGGCAUUUUUUACUUAAGUUUAUUAAGUUGUUCAAAUAAUUCUGUGCCACUCUCAAAGAAAAUUUUCGGGGUUAAAAGGCACAGAAUUAUUUGAACAACCUACUAAAAAUUCUUUACCAUACCUUAUCCUACACUGCCAUACCCGACUCUGCCCUACCCAUGUCCUACCCUACCUUACUCUGUCCUACCUUACCGUACCGUGCCUACCAUACCUUACACUAAACUACCCAACCCUAUCCUACCCUACUUAUUAUAAAUUAUGAGCUUUUCAGCCGCCUAACAUCCCGCUCCAAGGAAACCGAAGAAGAACAACAGAAGCUGCUCAACAACUCCAACGACUAUGGCUACAUUCCUCCAGGAUACGGACUCAACGGCAACCUCAAAUCAGCAAUGUCAGCCAUUGCCGGUCCUUGUGCCUGCCACAAUCCAGGUACCCAGUUCCCGACCUCUCUUGAACAACGUGUUAUGAAUGCAUACGGUGAGGGUCAGCUGCGACAAGAUGGACUGAUGAAUACGUCAAUGUUCAGCGAAGACCCCGCCCUACCACCCAUCAGUGUACCUAGUGCACAACGAGUACGAAACGACCAUUUGGCGUUGAAAAUCGACAAGUACUCGUCGAUGCUGUUCCCUGCACUAUUCGCCAUGUUCAACGUGUUCUACUGGUACCACUACUUGGUCGAGUGAGUGAUAUCGUAUUGAAACUGUCAUACUGUAUCACAGGGGAUAUGUGCAUGACAUUUUUAGAAGUUGUUAUAUUUUUUAAAGAUAUAUUAGGUUGUAUAAAAAUUAAUGAGCUACUGAACUAAUAUAAACAAAAGGUCAAUUAUAUAACUACUAAAAAUGUCAUAAACAUACAAUACCACUAAUUGUAUAUUAACACUUGAGUGAGGUGAAUAACAACUUAUAACGGUUUGAUAUUUGACUUUGUUCAGUGUAAUUUACGACUAAUAUUGUGAAGUUUUUGUAUGGUGAUUUUGCCGUGAUCAAGCUUUGUCAAUAUGCUAAGAUUAAACCAGUCCACCUAAUAUUAUAGUACCUAGUUCACUGAUGAAAAAAAUAAUUUUUGGGUAGGUACCAGUAUUCUUCAUACCCUUCAAUUCAUUUUUCAACAUGAUAAUGCUCAAGAUAUAUGAAAAUCUUACUUUACUUUACAUAACUUUUAGUUGUGUAACUGUUUACUACAAUAAGUACUUACAGUGGAACUCCUGUACAACGAAUCGCUCGGGAAUUGGAAAUUUGUUCGUUAUAAAGGAGUUUCGUUAAACAGGAGUUUUAAACGCACUGUGUAGUGAUAGACGGGGAUUCAAAAGUUGUUCGUUAUACGGGAGUUCCACUGUAUAACCACCAUCACGUUUGCUUUUUCUACUUUACAAGCACGAUAUUUACACAAACAGCUGUUUCUAAUGCCACUUUUCAAUACACACAAUAAUUUUCCACUCGCUGCAAUAACCACCCCUAGGCUUUAAAUAUUGAACUUUAAGCCAAUACCAAUUUAAAAAUUUACAUUUGCACCCCCUAACAAAAAAUUUAAAUUUAAAUUUGCACCCCUAAUAAAAUUAAAAUUUGAGUUCACACCCCCCUAAUAAGGUAUCUUACGUUACACCUUCUGACCUAAGAUUUUAUGUUUAACUGACUACGUGUAACAACGUUGACCACUUUCAGACCGUGCGCGGCCGCCGAGAACGCUCUGAAAUCGUUCUUGAGGAUCUGCACCUACUAA